AUGGGGCCGCCCGAGGAGGUGCGGGCGCGGCUGGCGCGGUGCGGGCAGAGCCACCUGCUGCGCUUCUGGGCCGAGCUGGGCCCGGCGCAGCGCGGGGCGCUGCUGGCAGCGCUGCCGCCGGCUCUGGGCGAGCACUGCCGGCUGGCGGCGGCGGCCGGGGCCCGCCAGCGGGGGCCGCCGGAGCGCCUGGACGGCCGGAUGGAGCCGCUCCCCGCCCGGCUGCUGGGCAGCGCCCGCCGCAGCGGCCCCGCCGCGCUGGAGCGCUGGGAGGCGGAAGGCUUGCAUCAAAUCUCGCAGAACAAGGUCGCAGUGCUGCUCCUGGCUGGAGGACAAGGAACUCGCCUGGGAGUGAGCUAUCCCAAGGGCAUGUACAACGUGGGGUUGCCCAGUGGCAAGACCUUGUAUCAGAUCCAAGCAGAAAGAAUCCGCAAAGUGGAGCAGCUCGCUGGCGAGAGACACCACUGCAAGUGUGCCAUUCCCUGGUACAUCAUGACAAGUGAGUUCACACUGGGGCCGACGGAGGAGUUCUUUGUAGAACACAACUACUUCAACCUGGAUAGAUCCAAUGUGGUCAUGUUUGAACAGAGGAUGCUGCCUGCUGUCACCUUUGAUGGGAAGGCCAUCUUGGAGGAGAAGGGGAAAAUCGCUAUGGCUCCAGAUGGCAAUGGUGGCUUAUACUGUGCUUUAGUGGAUAAUAAGAUCUUGGAUGACAUGAAGCGGCGUGGAAUCCAGUAUGUCCACGUCUAUUGUGUGGACAAUAUCCUCGUGAAAAUGGCAGAUCCAGUCUUCAUAGGCUUCUGUGUUUCCAAAGGGGCAGAUUGCGGUGCAAAGGUGGUGGAGAAGGCCUACCCCACGGAGCCCGUUGGGGUGGUGUGCUGUGUGGAUGGGGUCUACCAGGUGGUGGAGUACAGUGAGAUCAGCCUGGAGACUGCGCAGCGGCAGGGCCCCGAUGGGGGACUGAUGUACAGCACUGGCAAUAUCUGCAACCAUUUCUUCACAGUUGAGUUCCUGGAGACGGUGGCCCAGAAAUAUGAGCCACAGCUGAGGCAUCACGUAGCCAUAAAGAAGGUGCCCUACAUUGACGAGGAGGGAAAUCUGGUAAAACCGCUAAAACCGAACGGGAUAAAGCUGGAGAAGUUUGUGUUUGAUGUGUUCCAGUUCUCUAAGAAUUUUGUGGCAUUUGAAGUUUUGAGAGAAGAGGAGUUCUCGCCACUAAAAAAUGCAGACACAGCUGACAAAGACACUCCUACCACUGCGCGGCAAGCCCUCCUGGCCCAGCAUUACCGCUGGGCUCUCAAGGCUGGGGCCAGCUUUCUGGAUGAAAAUGGUUGCAGGAUACCAGAGAAACUCAGUCUCUCAGGAACUGAAGAUCCUCCGGCUGUGUGUGAGAUUUCUCCAUUAGUGUCUUACUUUGGAGAGGGUCUGGAGGCGUACAUGAAGAACAAAGACUUCCCUUCUCCCUUUGUACUCGAUGAAAACAAAGUGAAAAUGCUAGGAAAUUCUUGAAGAGGAGGGAGGUCUUUCCCCCUCGAAUCAGAUAUCUGUCUGUCAGAUCCAUUAGAAGAACUGACAUUACUCAAAUGUCAGUAUGAAGUGCAUUACAAAAAAGAUUGCUUUGCAGUAUUGGAUCGAUGCCAGAUCCUUGCAGCAGUUGUGUUUUAUACACGCGUACAUGCUCCCCAGUUCUGUUUGGUAACUUUGAAGGCUAUGCCUUUUAUCUCGGCCUGUUUUAUAGACUUGGAUGUGAACGAAGAUUAAUAUCCUCUGGGUACCAAACAGAUUUUAUAUUUCUUAUUUGCUGUGCAUACAAACAUGUAAAAGAGCUAGGCAGGGCCUAAUAAAUCAGCUUUGCAUUCAAGCAGAUUAAACCUCUUCAGUGCCUUCGUAGGUAUGUUGCUUGUGCUGGUGGGGUUGGGGUGGUUUUUGGUUUUUGUUUUUAAAUUACGCGCACAGCUGAAGAAUCGGUUUGAUCCGUCUUUCCCCUAAUCCUGUGCUCGUUAGACGAUCCAAUUCAGCAAUUGCAUCCUCUAACCAGAUCAUACAGAGGAGUCUGCUGUAGGUAGGGAUGCUGCUGUGCGUAAGCAUUGCUUUAGGUUUGGACUCCAAAGCAGAACAGACUAGUUUGCAUGUUCAGGCUUGCUGAUGGCAUUCCAAGAAAACAUAAGUAAAUAAGCAGCUUAGACUGAUUGCUCUUUACAGCUGUAGUGACCUGGGUUUUUUAAUUAAAAAAAAAAAAAAAAGAAAAAAAUGAUGUGACAUUUUUUUCACUACAACCCUCUGCUCUUCCUGUCUAUAACAAACAUUUAUUUUACUUUUCAUUUUUCUGUUUAAUAUAUACCAUAUCCCUCAAGAGGGGACUCUUUUAAAGUAUCUGAAAGUAAUAGAGGAAUAAAUCCUGCUGGCAGAUUUAAUGCUUAACUAAAACCAAAAAAAGACUUAAUCCCAGCAUAACCAGUGUACGCAGUAAAACACCAGCCUCUGCUUCUACAGUUUCUGGCCAGGUAGUUUUCCAGCACUCUUUCACUUAUUAAAUAAUUCUUUAGAUGCCUUCCUUUUAAAUAUAUUACUAACCGUAACGUAAAGAUGAAUGUCAGCUAAUUAAGGAUGCUAAUUGCCAGAGCAUAUGUAGCAUGUGAACUCAGCCCUGGCUGAGGGAUCCCGGGGUGGCUGUGAUCCACAAAUGCUUGUUCCUGUCCAGCCUUCGGACGCCGCUCCGGCAAGCGCCUGCCGGGCAGGCGCCUGCCUGCUGCAGGACCUGCGCCGAGCGCACCGAAGUCCUUUCACCCUUCGUGAGGAUGCUUCAGGUGUGCUGCUGGGUGGCCUGUGCUUGAGGAGCACUCUGUGCUUUUCCCCUAAAUCAGGUGUUAAGGAAGGUGGUGAGGAAGACGGCUCAUCUGGAAUGUUGUUAUUUCAUGCAUCUGCUUCUACUGAGGAACUGCUGAUGCUAUUUUAUUAAGCAUAAAUCUUUUAAAUAACUUACGUGGCUUUAUGUAAUUCCUGACAUGAAGCUGUAUUCAGAAUGUUGGGGAAGUAUAAAAAUGGUUUUGAGAGUAAGUUCAGUUUGUAAGUAGGCUCAUGUUUUCCAAAGAAAGCAUCUAAAUGUCAAUGGCAGAGUUUCCAGGUAUAAAGUGCAUCUGCAUGCACAUAAGUAAUGAGCCUUUUGCACUUGCAAACCAGCUAAUGACAGUUCUGAUUACCUCAUUUUGCAUGUGCAGCCAGAAAUUCCCAUUUUUAGUAUAAAUUAGGCAUUUGUCCUUGACACUCAAUUCUGGGUUUGUUUUUUUUUGCACAGUGUUCCUAUGCGUCAUUCCAUUCCUGUCAGUCAAGUUUUAUAUCUGAGAACAAAUUGUGUUGUAUCUUUGUAAGUAUUGCUUGUCGAUUCAGGCACACGCUCUAUUUAAAUUACACUGUGCUAUAAAGAAAGGGUAUUUCUUUUGCUCUUUCUAAAGUGCUUUAUCUUUUGAAACUUCAGUUCCUCUGUGCUUUAUUCAUGUGUACGCUGAGCUGCUGACAUGGUUUUUAGAGGUUGUUUUCAAGGAGAAGCUGAAUUAGGAUGCCAAAUGCCUUGUGUGUUGCGUUUUUUUCUGUGACUCCUCACAUUUUAAACAGGAACAUGGAAAGAAUUUUGGGAGAACUUAAAAAAAAAAAAAAAAAUCUGUCCUUUAUGAAACAAAGUAAUUCUAGUAUGCGUUACAAAAUGAAAAAAGUACUGGAAACAAAGGGAGGUCCCGUAGUACUCCGGAAACUUUUGGACACCUAAGCGUUUUUAU